AAGAGGAACAAAACAGAGGAGCUUUAUGUAUGCUAGGAUUCAGAACCCAAACAAAGAAUAGAUACAAUAAAUAGAGUAAGUAAUGUUAACAAAGAAUGCCAAUAUUAACCUGACAUAAAAUUAUUUGUAUUAUAGUAGCAGCAUGGAACCGUAAUCAAGCUUGGGGCUCUAUUGUACUGGCUCUCUAUAGACAUACCGGAAGACACAGUUCUUGUCCCAAAGAGCUUGCAAUCUGCUAUAAAAGAAGAUACAAGACGAUGUGAAAAAACAAAUGACUGGAUGAGAAAGAAUAAGGGGAGCAUGACUUCUGCAACUUCACCUAUCAUUUUAAAAUGGGAUCCCAAAAGCUUGGAAAUCAGGACUCUGACAGUAGAGAGGCUCUUGGAACCACUUGUUACACAGGUGACAACGCUAGUUAACACAAGCAACAAGGGACCAUCCGGUAAAAAGAAAGGACGAUCUAAGAAGGCACAUGUGUUGGCUGCUUCAGUAGAGCAAGCUACCCAAAACUUUUUGGAAAAAGGAGAACAGAUUGCUAGAGAGAGCCAGGACCUUAAGGAGGAAUUGGUUGUUGCUGUAGAGGAUGUACGUAAACAAGGUGAAACAAUGAGAAUUGCCUCCUCAGAGUUUGCUGAUGAUCCAUGUUCCUCCGUGAAACGAGGCACCAUGGUGCGGGCUGCUCGAGCAUUACUGUCGGCUGUUACUCGCUUACUCAUCCUGGCUGAUAUGGCUGAUGUCAUGAGGCUUUUGUCCCACCUGAAAAUUGUAGAAGAAGCACUGGAAGCUGUGAAAAACGCAACAAAUGAGCAAGACUUAGCAAAUCGUUUUAAAGAAUUUGGGAAAGAGAUGGUGAAACUUAACUAUGUGGCUGCUAGAAGACAACAGGAACUAAAAGAUCCUCACUGUAGAGACGAAAUGGCCGCUGCUCGAGGUGCUCUGAAGAAGAAUGCUACUAUGCUGUACACUGCAUCUCAAGCCUUUCUCCGUCAUCCUGAUGUAGCAGCCACUCGGGCCAACAGAGAUUAUGUCUUCAAACAAGUACAAGAAGCAAUUGCUGGUAUCUCUAAUGCGGCACAGGCCACCUCUCCAACUGAUGAGAACAAGGGGCACACUGGUAUUGGGGAACUUGCUGCGGCGCUAAAUGAAUUUGAUAACAAGAUUAUUUUAGACCCUAUGACUUUCAGUGAGGCCAGAUUCAGACCAUCUCUUGAAGAGAGGUUGGAGAGUAUUAUCAGUGGAGCUGCACUGAUGGCAGACUCUUCAUGCACACGUGAUGACCGCCGAGAGAGAAUUGUUGCUGAGUGCAAUGCUGUACGACAGGCCCUCCAGGACCUACUUAGCGAGUAUAUGAAUAAUUUCAAUUUGUGCUUAAGUGCUUUACUAAAGGGACAUAAUCCAGUUUCUUGGACAGAAGGCAUCAAGUUUGGUAUCUCCCAUCCUGACAUAUACAUUGUAUGUGUCUUACAGCAAUGUUGUAUACAAAUGUUCUUUUCACCUUACAUUCAUUAAUGUAAGAAAACGGAAAGCAAAUCCUCAUGUAACU